GUUGGUAUUGAGCUAACCGACCCAGUGGUUGUCAGACAGUUGGUGUGUUAAUUGUACGCGUUUAAAAAAAAAAAGUAUUUUUUUAUUUGAAUUUAAGUGUGUAUUGUGUGUUUUUUUUUUUUUUUUAUAUAAAAAAAAGAAAUUGUUUGUGUUUUUUUAGCUAAAAAAGUAUUUAAUUUUUUGUACUACUACAUACCCAAAAAUAUAAUACAAAAUGCCUGCCAACAAGCCCUAUCAAAGACCAAAGGAUUUUGCUGAUCCUGGUAAACAAUCAAAAUGUACCUGGAAAUUGGGUACAACUGAAAAGAGUCCACACACCAAGAGAGGAAUCAACCACCCCACCAAGUUGACCCCCGAUGUUUUGCAUGCCAUUGGCUGUACCCCUUUGAUUAAAUUGAAUAGUAUUCCCAAAUCGGAGGGUAUUAAAUGUGAUAUGUAUGCUAAAUGUGAAUUCAUUAACCCUGGCGGUUCGAUUAAGGAUCGUAUUGGUUUUCGUAUGGUAGUUGAUGCUGAAGCCAAGGGUCUCUUGAAACCUGGCAGUACUAUUAUUGAACCUACCUCGGGUAAUACAGGUAUUGGUUUGGCCAUGGCCUGUGCCGUCAAGGGUUACAAUUGCCUAAUUGUUAUGCCCGAGAAAAUGUCUAACGAAAAAGUAUAUGCUCUACGUGCUUUGGGUGCUAAAAUUAUUCGUACCCCCACCGAGGCUCCCUAUGACUCACCUGAAGGUUUGAUUUGUGUAGCUCAACGUUUGGAGAAGGAAAUUCCCAAUGCUAUCGUCUUGAAUCAAUAUGUCAAUCCUGGUAAUCCUUUGGCUCAUUACGAUGGUACAGCUGCUGAGAUUUUAUGGCAAACAGACAAUCAAGUUGAUAUGGUUGUAUGCACCGCCGGUACUGGUGGUACUAUUUCCGGUAUUGCUCGUAAAAUCAAAGAAGAAUUGCCUACUUGUCAAGUUGUUGGUGUUGAUCCCAUCGGUUCCACUUUGGCCCGCCCCGAAUCCAUGAACAAGGAAAAGGUUAGCUUUUUUGAAGUAGAGGGUAUUGGUUACGACUUCGUGCCCACCGUAUUGGAUCACUCGGUCAUUGACUUCUGGACCAAGAUUUCCGAUAAGGAUUGUUUCACCAUGGCCAGACGUUUGCAAGCCGAAGAAGCUUUAUUGUGUGGUGGCUCCAGUGGUGGUGCCAUGCGUGGUGCUCUCAAUGCUGCCAAGAGCUUGAAGGAGGGCCAAAAGUGUGUUGUCAUCUUGCCCGAUGGCAUUCGUAACUACAUGACGAAAUUUGUUUCUGACAAUUGGAUGGAAGCCCGUGACUUCAAAGAAGUUGUUAACGAACACAACCAUUGGUGGUGGAAUACUCCUGUAGCUGAUUUGAAAUUCCCUGCUCCCGUUACCAUUAAAUCGAACACCACUUUCGGCGAGGCCAUUAAAAUCAUGAAAGAACACAAAUUGCAACAGAUUGCUGUUUUAGAUGAAGAGGAUAACUCCUUGGUGGGUACUGUUGGCGAGGAGACUUUGCUUACUCAAAUUGUUAGCAUGAAUCGCUCAUUGGAUGAACCAGCUGUCAAGGCUGCUGCCAAGCGUGUCAUUCGCAUACCCUCUAAUGGUAUCUUAGGCAAAUUGGCUCGUGUCUUGGAAGUCGAUCCCGCUGUUGUUAUUGUUGAUGUUGAAGAUGGCAAAGAAGUUUUGAAGGCUGUUGUUACUAAAUCCGAUAUUAUGCCCUUCAUUGCUUCCGGUCCCUCGAAAGCAACAAAUGGCACUAAUGGCACCAAUGGCUCUAGUCAUUAAUUAUUUUGUAUAAAAAAAUAUUUUUACUUAUAAAAUAACUUGCAAUAUACUUAUUUAACUAUAAAAAAACUAUAAUUUAAAAUUAUAAUAAAAUUUAUGACAAUUUUUUUAUUAAGUUAAAAA